CCCAAACUCUUGCCAACAAACAUAUGCAUAAGGAAACGAGAUUCCUUCAUUUCUUUUUUGUAUCUAAAAUCUCUCUUCACAGUGGCGCUAUUCAAAGAGAGACAGAGCUUCUACUCAAUAAUAAGAGGUUUCUCUAUCAAAACCAAAUUAAAAUAAAGCGUGUUACUUCUUCGGUUCUAUUCGUUGUUACUUCUUCCUCACCAGCUUCUUGUUCAUCCUCUGAUCGCCACCACCGUCACACCUUGCGGCCAUCAAAUCUUAACCUCUUUAAGCUGCAUCUCAACCUCGUCGCCUUUGUUGUUUAUAUGGAUGAGCCAAGUAUUGGAUUAGACCCUGCUUCAAGAAAAUGUUCAUGGAAUGAUAUCAAGCUUGCAAAACAGGAUCGUGCAAUCAUUCUGACCACACAUUCUAUGGAAGAGGUGGAGGCCUUAUGCGAUCGAUUAGGAGUAUUUGUAAAUGGUAACUUGCAGUGCAUCGGAAAUCCAAAGGAGCUAAAAGCCAGAUAUGGAGGAACUUUUGUGUUGACAAUGACAACAUCUUCGGAUUGCGAGAACAUGGUACGACAGCUCUCUCCAAAUGCCAACAAGAUAUACCGUCUUUCUGGAACUCAGAAAAAGAGAUGGUCGAGACCAUUUGUUGGAUCUUCUUCUCGUCCAAGUUCAUCACCACAACCCAACGAUGAAACUGAUUAAGAUAGCGGGGAUGAGGACAUUGGUAGUGAUCAUAUUGAGUAGUAUUUGUUUUUAUUUUGUUAAAUUGGUUGUAUCAUGUAUUUGGUUAUACUUAAUUUUUUUUUUGGAUCAUGUUUUAAUUAAUAUUUAGUUCUGAUUUGUGAACAUGAUAUAAAUUUUGUUUAGAAUUAUCACAAUAGUUGGAUCAUGCUUUAAUAAAUAUUUAGUUUUGAUUUGAAAA